AUGGGUCAAAGCGCUGCCCUCAGACAGCAGUCAGAUGACAUAACCAGUCCCAAUUUUAGAAAAUUGCAACCAGGCUUUCAAGCGUCUGGUCAUUUAACUCAAAGACAUUCAACCUCAACCCUCCUCAGAAUCACCUUCUCAGUUCUACGUCUCCGAUCCCUCGAACGGAACAUCUUUUCAACACAUACCAAUUUUUGUCCCUCAUCCUCGAAAAUGUGGACUUCAUUAGUAAAAUUGGCUUUUGGCUUAGCAUUCACCGCCCAGAUGGCAUCUUCAAGCACAAUUGUUUCUAGACAAGAACAGUGCGAUUCAGCUACAAACGAGGCUGCCCAAGCUGCAUGCGCUAUGAAGGCGGCUUUUGGCGGCAGCUCAGUUGUUCCUCAGUUACUUCCCGAUUUUUCGCCAAAAGCCGCACUGUCUGUCAAGUAUGGUGACAUUGUUAUUGGCGGCGCGCAGCAAAUGUCACCCUCUAAAGUUGCUACGCAGCCAUUCCUAUCCUUAUCAUUUAUUUCUAACAAUCCUCAAGCGUUCCAAAAGGCGUGUAUCAUCCUCGGUUUGGAAUAUCAACCCCAAAGCAAAGGCGUGCAGUUGUUUUGGCUCCAGUCUUCAGUCAAGAUUGACGGAACCACAGGCCUCAUGUCAUCGUCCAUCCAGCCGAUUGUAAAAUAUAGGUCGCCCAACCCUUCCUCAAGUUCCGGAACUAAUGAAUACAUCUUCUUCGUGUUUCAAGAUCCUGGACUCGAAAAUCUUUUCAGACAAAACCCCCAAAUGGGCUCUGUUUUGUCAGGAGCGUUCGACUUUCAAGCCUUUUUAACGAUCACCAGGCUUUCCAACCAGCUAAUUGCUGGCAGCUAUUUCAAGUGUUCAUUUGAUGGCCUGCCUGUCCACGGCCAAAACUCGUCUGCCCCGGCAACUUCGCAAGUGCAACAGGUACCUACAUCCCCUCCGGCAACUAGCCGUAAGGCAAAUGAAUCGACGACAACCAACCCCGAACAACUUACCCAGGGCCCGCCUCCCAGCGCAAUGGCAUCUCAGGAACCUGUAGCAACCACUGCUGAGGCAAGCUCGCCAGGUUCGUAUGUUAGCCCUACGCCUCCUAGUGUCCCUGUCGAAAGUACCAACAGCGCGAUAUCCCCAAAUACCGGCACCAACCAGACUGAGACUGGACAAAACGGAACUUCUUCAAACUUCGCUAUCAACCUUGACAGCCAAAAAUUCUUGACUUCGUUCAUUGCAUUAGUCGUCGUCGGUGCUUCCCAAAUUUGA